CCCCACCCUAUAUUAUUCACUAAACCCCUCUUCUAUAUAUAAAACCGAUUUACAUAUAUUCAAAACCAACCCCAUGGAUAUAGACGACUCAUACUUCAAGCAACCCGGUUCUGUUCCAUUCAAGUGGGAGAUCCGACCCGGUGUCCCCAAGCCCCUAAACCACCACCAACAACAACAACCACCACCGUCGAACCAUCGCACUUCAUCCCUCAAGCCACCACCAGCCAGCCCAACAUCCUUCCAUUUCCCCUCACCGCGAACUCAAUCAAGUCGGUUCCAGUUUGAAAAGCCCGUGGCGGGCCAACCCGAUGUGGUGUCAAUGGGUUGCUUUCAAACCCGGAAAGGGUAUAGCCAAAGGAAAACCAACAAGAUCCAUGUGAACCAAAUGUACAAGUCGGACAUUGAGGCGUUGUCUGAGUGGUCCAUGUCGACUAGGAAGUUUGGAUCGCCGUUUUAUAAUGACUCGCCUUUGUCGUCAUCUUCGUUCUCGUCCUAUCGUUCGUCUCCACGGAUGGCGGGUGUGAGUGAUGCGGAAUGGGCUGGGUACGGGUUGUUUUAAAGCAGGAUAUAUAUUGCGGUGUGGUAUAUAAUAUAUGUGGGCUCGAAGAAUGUUAGUUUUUUGAUGUAACGAUGAAUCAAACUGAAGUGAAGUGACCACUCUUGUGUUGGCCAUGAAAUCAUUUAAUGUCAGAUUUGAUCAAGUGUAAUCAAGAUUUUGUUCGAGAGCCUAAAUAAUUAUAUUAAGUUAUGAGUAA